UGGUGGGCAGCGGAGCCAGAGGACGGGUCCUGCUUCUGGGAGUUAGCAGCCCCUACAAAGGGCCGGCCCGGGGUCUGACAGGAUUUGAGUAGUUUUUAUUCCAGGGUAUACCCUGUUCUGGAUACCGGGAGAGUACAGAUGUUAUAGAAAACAGGUCCUGCUGGCAGCAGGCAAGCUGAGAAUCCCACAUUCUCACCAUAAGCAGAAAAUUACCAGAAUCAUGAUAGAAAAGAUUGGAGCGCAGUUCGUGUGUGUUAAUGAACCACAAGUUUUUGGUGGAAGAAAUGCCGUGAGAAAGUGACUGAUGGUGAUGGAGACAGUGGCUGUGUCCUUGGCCAGGGCUGGCCACACAGGUGUUUGGCUGUCCCUGUCCACAUAAGGGGUAAAUGAUGGAGUCGGCAGGAAGUAGACUUGGGAGGUGAAUUUCCAAGAAAAGGGUGAAGGUGGAAAGGAGAGGACGGCGUCCUGGGAACAGGGAUAGGGCGGUGUGCUGCUGGAGGAAUCCCGGGAUUGCAGAACCUCCAGCAUGCAGGCCUCCAGCUCCAGGUCUGUGCACCUGAGUGAGUGGCAGAAGAAUUACUUUGCAAUUACAUCUGGCACAUGUACCCCAGAACAGAAGGCAGAUGCGUACCGAGCGCAGAUAUUACGCAUUCAGUAUGCAUGGGCAAACGCCGAGCUCUCCCAGGUCUGCGCCACCAAACUGUUCAGAAAAUACGCAGAGAAAUAUUCUGCAGUUAUCGAUUGUGACAAUGUUGAGACUGGCUUGAAUAACUAUGCAGAACACAUUUUAGCUUUAGCAAGAUCCCCGCAGACCGACAGUGACAAAUGGCAGUCGGGGCUGUCAGUAAAUAGUGUUUUCCAGUUGAGUGACGUACAGGAGAUGCUGCGUGCUGGCAGAAAAUCCAGAGACUCUCUGUUGGCCACGGCCGGUGCGUCCGGAGUCAUCCUUAAUGAGGGUAUUGUCCUCGGUCCUCCUCAACUGACUGACUGUGGUGCUUCUGGGGAGAGUGGCCCAUUAACUAACGCAGCUCCUGAUACAAGUGGGACCCAAGGCAUCCCAGAUAGCAGUCCUUUGACGUGCCCUCAGAAUGCCCAGCCACCUGUGCUAACGAACAGCAGUAAGGCCUGUCCUACAUCCUUAACACCGUUUGGUGACUUAGCCACUGCAAAAAUCCAUGCCACACCAUUAUUUGGAAAUGUCAACAAGGAAAAUAAGAACUCUCCAAAAGCCAAUGUAGGACUAAAUAUGUUUUCAUCUAAUCAGUCUUGUUUGCCUUCUGGCUGUGAAAAUCCACGAGAGAGAAAAGCUUUGUAUGGUCCUGGCACCAUUGAUGCCCUUUCCACUCCCAUAGUGAAUAAGGCUGUUAGUAAAACAGAAGAUAAUGCCCGAAGAGAAGAGAGUAGCCUGCCUACUUUUAAAACUGCAAAAGAACAAUUAUGGGUAGAUCAGCAAAAGAAGUACCAACCCCAGCGUGCACCUGGGUCUUCAUACAGUGGUAUAAAGAAGUCUCUGGGAGCUAGUAGGUCCCGAGGAAUAUUUGGGAAGUUUGUUCCUCCUAUACCUAAGCAAGAUGGGGGAGAUCAGAAUGGGGGGAUGCAGUAUAAGGCUUAUGGUGUGGGACCUGCAGAGCCGGCAAAUCCAAUCGAUGAGCGUCUGAAGAACUUGGAGCCAAAGAUGAUUGAGCUUAUCAUGAAUGAGAUCAUGGAUCACGGACCACCUGUAAGCUGGGAAGAUAUUGCCGGAGUAGAAUUUGCCAAAGCCACAAUAAAGGAGAUCGUUGUGUGGCCCAUGAUGAGGCCAGACAUUUUUACGGGUUUACGAGGACCCCCUAAAGGAAUUCUGCUCUUCGGGCCGCCCGGGACUGGUAAAACUCUAAUCGGCAAGUGCAUUGCUAGUCAGUCCGGGGCAACGUUCUUCAGUAUCUCUGCUUCUUCUUUGACUUCUAAGUGGGUAGGUGAGGGGGAGAAAAUGGUCCGUGCGUUGUUUGCCGUGGCAAGGUGUCAGCAGCCAGCUGUGAUAUUCAUUGAUGAGAUUGAUUCCCUGUUAUCUCAACGAGGAGAUGGUGAGCACGAAUCUUCCAGAAGGAUCAAAACGGAAUUUCUUGUGCAGUUAGAUGGGGCAACCACUUCUUCUGAAGACCGCAUCCUGGUGGUGGGAGCAACCAAUCGGCCACAAGAAAUUGAUGAGGCUGCCCGGAGAAGGUUGGUGAAAAGGCUUUAUAUUCCACUCCCAGAAGCUACGGCUAGGAAACAGAUCGUGAUUAACCUCAUGUCCAAGGAGCAGUGCUGCCUCAGCGAGGAGGAAAUUGCCCUGGUUGUAAGGCAGACAGAUGGGUUCUCGGGAGCUGACAUGACCCAGCUUUGCAGAGAGGCAUCCCUCGGGCCUAUUCGCAGUUUACAGACUGUUGACAUUGCCACGAUAACACCCGAUCAGGUCCGACCAAUAGCUUACGUUGAUUUUGAAAACGCCCUCAGAACCGUGCGGCCUAGCGUGUCUCCUAAAGAUUUAGAGCUUUAUGAGAACUGGAACAGAACUUUUGGUUGUGGGAAGUAAAGGGGACAAAUGGGGCACUUGACGUUGGCAUCUUUGUAACACAACCUUUCCUACUUGUUAGCAUGAGACACUGGGAAUUUAUUCAUUGUACUUUGGUAUAUAUUCUGAAUUCUGAACCUCAAAUAAAAUAGAGUAACAGUA